AUGGAGCCUUCAAAAAAGACAUAUAAAAGGGAGCAAAAAUCAAGGAAAUUUUUGAAAAGCCUUAUACGGAAGCGGCCCCAAGAACUCCUGCUAGUCAUUGGAACCGGGGUGAGUGCUGCUGUUGCGCCAGGAAUCCCAGCCUUGUGUUCGUGGCGGAGUUGCAUUGAAGCGGUCCUUGAAGCAGCUGACCAGCUAGAAGUGUUGCAUCCUGGAGACGUGGCUGAUUUCCGCCAAAAAGUGUCCAAAGACCGAGAUUUGCUUGUGGUUGCACAUGAUUUAAUCCGAAAGAUGUCACCGCGCACCGGGGAUGCUAAGCCCAACUUUUUCCAGGACUGUUUAAUGGAGGUAUUUGACAACUUGGACCAACACAUUCAGCAUCCUGCUGUCCUCUUGUCCAUCCUUCAACUAAUGGAACGGGGCACAAUGGUGCUGACCACCAAUUAUGACAAUUUACUUGAAAUCUUUGGGCAACAGCAGCAUAAAGCUAUGGAAUCGCUUGACCUGAAAGAUAAAGACAAGGUUCUCCAGUGGGCCAAAGGUCUCCUCAGAUAUGGUGUCCUUCAUAUUCACGGUUUGUACACUGAUCCCUGUGGAAUGGUGCUGGAUCCCUCAGGGUACCAGGAAGUGACUCAAGACCCUGAAGUGAUGGAAGCACUACAGAACCUAUACCGGAGGAAAUCCUUUUUGUUUGUGGGCUGUGGGGAGACCCUGCGUGAUCAAAUCUUUCAAGCUCUCUUUCUCUACAUGGUUAAAAACAAAGUGGAACUAGAACAUUACAUGUUGGUGCGCAAAGAAAACGAAGACCAGUUCUUUAAAUUUCAGGCCGAUAUGCUUGUGCAUGGCAUAAAAGUCGUAUCCUAUGGGGAUUGUUUUGAAGAUUUCCCAGGGUAUCUCCAGGAUCUCACUGCACAGAUCUGCAAACAAAGAAGUCCAGAUGCAGACAGGGUGGAUAGCACAACCCUUUGGGGGCCAUCCUGCGCAGAUUGCACAAAAAGGUUAGGAGAGAGUGGGAACGACCGAGCCAAGAAGGCUAGACGUCUGAAGGAUGAUCCUGCUGAAGAUGGUGUCCUCCUGUGACUAUAUCAGACCAGGCCUUGAGAAACACCUCCUGACUUUGGCCAUUUGCAUCUGCUGGGAGUCAAAUAAUGGAUAGGUGUUAACAUUCUUAACAAUGUCUGCUUGGGAGGGUGAGAUCCUUAUAAAUAUCAUAUCUAAUAAAAUUUCAUAGCUGUUCUUAGAGAAGAGCAAAUUUCUAAAUAUCUCAGGGAUGAAGUCUUGGAAAAGAGGGAGGUGUGGCCUCUGAAAUAUCAUUUAGUUUUUAACUUU